GCGGCGGCGCGGACCCGGGCUCUCCCGCCCCGCAUCCAGGCUUGAGAGCCGCGGUGUUCCAGGAAAAGCCGCCCGCGCCCGCAGGCCCGGCGCACACCGGAACCUUCGGUUGCAGGCCGGGGUCCGCGCCCGGGCCCUUCCGGACAAGGGGAGAGGGCGCGGCGAUGGCGGCGGCGAUGGCGGCGGCUCCCCUGAAGCACCGGCGCACCACACUGGAGCGGGUGGAGAAGUUCGUGUCGCCGCUCUACUUCACCGAUUGUAACCUUCGCGGCAGGCUGUUCGGGGACAGCUGCCCGGUGGCCGCGCUGUCCAGCUUCCUGACGCCCGAGCGGCUUCCCUACCAGGAAGCGAUCCAGCAGGACUUCCGCCCCGCGCAGGUCGGCGACAGCUUCGGACCCACGUGGUGGACCUGUUGGUUCAGGGUGGAGCUGAGUAUCCCAGAGGCGUGGCUGGGGCAGGAAGUUCACCUGCUCUGGGAGAGUGACGGAGAGGGUCUGGUGUGGCGAGAUGGGGAGCCUGUCCAGGGUUUGACGAAAGAGGGAGAGAAGACCAGCUAUGUCCUGACUGAUAAGCUGAGAGAAGAAGACUCCCGGAGCCUUACCCUCUAUGUGGAAGUAGCCUGCAAUGGGCUCCUGGGGGCUGGAAAGGGGAGCAUGAUCGCAGCCCCUGACCCAGAGAAGAUGUUCCAGGUGAACCGGGCUGAGCUGGCUGUGUUCCGCCGGGACGUCCACAAGCUGUUGGUGGAUCUGGAGCUGCUGCUAGGCAUAGCCAAGGGCCUUGGGGAGGACAACCAGCGCAGCUUCCAGGCCCUGUACACAGCCAACCAGAUCAUCAACAUCUGUGACCCUGCUCAGCCGGAAACCUUCCCAGCAGCUCAUGCUCUGGCCUCCAGGUUUUUUGACCAACGUGGAGGUGAAAGCCAGCACACCCUGCAUGCGGUGGGGCACUGCCACAUUGAUACAGCUUGGCUUUGGCCCUUCAAGGAGACAGUGAGGAAAUGUGCCCGGAGCUGGGUGACAGCCGUGAACCUCAUGGAACGGAACCCUGAGUUCAUCUUUGCUUGCUCCCAGGCACAGCAGCUGGAGUGGGUGAGGAACCACUACCCUGGCCUGUAUACUCGGAUCCAGGAGUUUUUCCAACGGGGGCAGUUUGUGCCUGUGGGGGGCACCUGGGUGGAGAUGGAUGGGAACCUCCCCAGCGGAGAGGCCAUGGUGAGGCAGUUCCUGCAGGGCCAGAACUUCUUUCUGCAGGAGUUCGGGGAGAUGUGCUCUGAGUUUUGGCUGCCAGACACAUUUGGCUACUCAGCGCAGCUCCCCCAAAUCAUGCGCAACUGUGGUAUCAAGUACUUCCUGACCCAAAAACUGAGCUGGAACUUGGUGAACUCCUUCCCGCACCACACUUUUUUCUGGGAGGGGCUGGAUGGCUCUCGCGUGCUGGCACACUUCCCACCUGGCGACUCUUACGGGAUGCAGGGCAGCGUGGAGGAGGUGCUCAAAACCGUGACCAAAAACCAGGACAAAGGGCGGACCAACCACAGCGCCUUCCUCUUCGGCUUUGGAGAUGGGGGUGGUGGCCCCACCCAGACCAUGCUGGACCGCCUGAAGCGACUGAGCAACACGGAUGGGCUGCCCAGGGUGCAGCUGUCUUCUCCAAAGCAACUCUUCUUGAAGCUGGAGGGCAGCUCGGAGCAGCUGUGCACGUGGGUUGGGGAGCUCUUCCUGGAGCUGCAUAACGGCACCUACACCACCCAUGCCCAGAUCAAAAAGGGCAACCGGGACUGCGAGCGGAUCCUGCAUGACGUGGAGCUGGUGAGCAGCCUGGCCCUGGCCCGCAGCACCCAAUUCCUGUACCCGGCGGCCCAACUGCAGGAGCUGUGGAGGCUCCUGCUCUUAAACCAGUUCCACGACGUGGUGACGGGCAGCUGCAUCCAGCUGGUGGUCGAGGAGGCCAUGGCCCACUAUAAAGACAUUCGCUCCCAGGGUGGUGCCCUCCUCAGCGCUGCGGCCACAGCCUUGUGUGCAGGGGAGCCAGGUCCUGGGGGCCUCCUCAUCGUCAACACGCUGCCCUGGAAGCGCACGGAAGUGCUGGCCCUGCCCCGACCUGGCGGGUCCCACAGCAUAGGUACACUGGGAGAAAGCCCUGGUGACAGUGCCCAGCAUGGGUUAUGCACCUGCUCCCGCGCCCACCUCCCUGCAGCCUCUGCAGCCCCAGCAGCCUGUGUAUGUGGUGCAAGAGGCUCCUUCAGCUCUACCUCAAGGCCUGCUCUCACCAAGACUGAUGGCUCUGUGACUCUGGACAAUGGCAUCAUCCGGGUGAAGCUGAACCCUACCGGCUGCCUGACGUCCCUGGUGCUGGUGGCCUCUGGCAGGGAGGCCAUCGCAGAGGGAGCCGUGGGGAACCAGUUUGUGCUGUUCGAUGACGUGCCCCUGUACUGGGAUGCAUGGGAUGUCAUGGACUACCACCUAGAGACACGGAAGCCGGUGCCGGGCCAGGCAGGGACACUGGCAGUGGGUGCUGAGGGGGGCUUGCGGGGCAGCGCCUGGUUCCUGCUACAGCUCAGCCCCAACAGCCGGCUCAGCCAGGAGGUGGUGCUAGACGUUGGCUGCCCCUACGUCCGCUUCCACACUGAGGUGCACUGGCAUGAGUCCCACAAGUUCUUGAAGGUGGAGUUUCCUGCCCACGUGCGGAGCUCCCAGGCCACCUAUGAGGUCCAGUUUGGGCAUCUGCAGCGGCCCACCCAUAAGAACACCUCUUGGGACUGGGCUCGAUAUGAGGUGUGGGCCCACCGCUGGAUGGACCUGUCGGAGCACGGCUUCGGGCUGGCCCUGCUCAACGACUGCAAAUACGGUGCCUCCGUGCAUGGCAGCGUCCUCAGCCUCUCCCUCUUGCGGGCACCCAAGGCCCCUGAUGCCACAGCUGACAUGGGGCGCCAUGAGUUCACCUAUGCACUGAUGCCACACAAGGGCUCCUUCCAGGAUGCUGGUGUGAUCCAAGCUGCCUACAACCUCAACUUCCCCCUGUUGGCACUGCCGGCCCCGGGCCGGGCGCCGGCCACAGCCUGGAGCGCCUUCUCUGUGUCCACAUCCGCAGUUGUGCUGGAGACUGUCAAGCAGGCUGAGUCCUGCCCCCAGGGCCGCACGCUUGUCCUGAGGCUGUAUGAGGCCCACGGCAGCCACGUGGACUGCUGGCUGCGCACCUCGCUGCUGGUGCAAGAGGCUGUCCUCUGUGACCUCCUGGAGCGGCGGGACUCUGCUGGAUACCUGCCCCUUCAGGAAAAUGGCCUGAAGCUGACCUUUUCUCCCUUCCAAGUGCGCUCACUCUUGCUGGUGCUGCAGCCCUCACUGAGCUGAUCCUGAGGGUGGGGGUACUUUGGGGAGUGACCUGGGGGUGAGGGUAGGUGAACAAUAAAUCCUUGGCUCAGGAA